AUGGCGACCACUAAGAUGGCGGUGGUGGCGAUCCUGGCGGCGCUGCUGCUGAUGGCAGCUGUGGAGCCGGCUUCGGCCACGCCGCCCAGCAUGCUGGCGGCAAGAAAGUUGCAGAUGCCUCGCCUCAUGGAUGUCUUCUUGGCAGAGUCAAAGCUGGCUUGCCUCCCAGCAGGCGGUUUUUGCAUGUUUCGUCCUAUGGAUUGCUGCGGUAACUGCGGUUGUUUAUAUCCUGCCGGGGUUUGCUACGGCACGCGGUGUGAGGAAUGA